AUGGCUUCACCGGCUCCCCAGGUUCAAAUAUUGGACAAAUCGGACUAUACAAAGCAAUAUCUGGUCACUCUCCACAAUGCGGACCCUCUGCCCGAUCUAGCGGCCGGUGAGAUCCGUAUCCGUAGCAGGAUUAUCUCCAAUACGACCAACAAUUUUACGUAUGCACGACUUGGACAUCUCUUCGGCUGGUGGAAUGUUUGGGCUGCAGUUCCGUCACUGCCUGCGCCAUACGAUGAUGACUCCAAGUACGGUCGCGUAUCUGCUUGGGGCUACGGCGAAGUGAUUGAGAGCAAAAAUGAUAGAGUGCUCGUUGGCACCAAGCUGUAUGGCUACCUUCCUAUCGGGAGUUAUCCCGAGACACUCCGGGUAACCGUUGAAGAUGAGACUGGCCACGUCUUGGAGACGAAGUUGGACUUGGAGGCAGACAAAUCGUCCCGAGGUUUGGACUCUGCCCUUCGAGUCUUCUUUGAGACGAGCUACAUGCUAAACCGGUAUGCAUUUGCUUGGGACUCGGCCAAGCUCUCCCACCCGCUUGGUGUCCCGCUACCUUGGAGUUCCAGUGAUGCUGAUCUCGCAAACGCCGUGGUGGUGCUUCUCGGAGCAUCCGGAAAGACGGCGCUCUCGUUUGCAUAUCUACUGCGUCAAUCGAGGCCCGCUGAGCACCAGCCUCGCAAGGUCGUGGCGGUUGGAUCAGCCAAAUCACGCAACUUUACCGAGGCAACUGGUCUAUAUGAUGACUUGCUACUGUACACAGAUAUUUCGAGUACUGAUGACAGUAUUGCGACCCGGCUAGGCAUCGAUGCCAACACCAAGGUGCUGCUCGCCAAUUUUGGUGGGAGAGGCACAGUUGAUGAGGAUCUGCAUGCCAUUCUUACGCGAGCCUCAAAAAGUGUUAUUACUCUCAUCGUCGGUGGUGAUCCUCAGGGGAAAGGCUCUAAGCUGAACGCCCUGACAGAAGUACCCGGCAGUGGCGUCGUUGUGUGCAAUGCUUCUGGCUUGCGAGAUUCUGGGAUGAAGAGUGAUGGAAAAGUAGGGUAUUUUGAGGGUCUCUCACAAGAAUGGACGCGACUCAAAGAGAAUGGAGGCAUCAACGGGUUAACGCUGCAAUGGGGCAAAGGAAUGGAAGAUUAUAUCAAGGGUUGGGACUCGCUCUGCAACGGAAGCAUCGACCCGACGCUUGGCCUAGUAUAUGAAGUGUAG